AUGAAAAUUGCAGUUCUAUUGUUGAUAUUGUCAACCCUAGGCAUUUUUGCAAAAGAUGUCACGAAAAUUCAUGAUUGGAUCUAAAAGAACAUUCAAUCUCUAGAGAAGUAUAUUUAAGAAACCGAUAUGUCAAGCGAUAUGUUAUUGGGCAUCUAAAGGAAUGAUUAAGCCAAAAAGUAAAUCUUAAUCCUAAAACUAGCUAUCAAAAUUGGAUAUUUUCUACAAACCAUAAAUAACAUAUAGAAUUAACAGAUGGACAAGUCAAGAAAACAAGUGCAUUCGGUCCUGAAUCCGAAUAUUUUACAGAAACAACCUAAAAUAUGGUUUUUUUAGGAACUCAGAUUAAGGAUAAGGAAUGGAUAAAAAUCUAAAUGAGUAAAGGUAAUGAGGAUGCUUAAAGAAUCGAUAUGUUUGCUUAAGAUAACUAUUAAGGCGUCAGUUUAAUCAAUUAAAAUAAUGAAGGAAUUUUGAAUAGGUUAUUAAUUGUUGAAAAAAAGAAUGAAAUUAUUUCAUCCUAUGAAGAACAUGGAAAGUCAAUUAUAUAAAUUUCUAAUUUAUCUGAAGGCUAAUCACUUUUUUAUGUUCUUUACAGUUAAAAUUCAGAGGUGACUGACAUUGAAAAGUUAUUUAAUUACAUUGUCAAAAAUGUAAUUGAUCUUGAUAAAGAAACAGAAAUUAAAGUAGAUGAGUAACCAGUUGACAAAGAUAAUGAAGGAGAAGAAUCUGAUCCAAAUGAAGUGGAAAAAGUAGAAAAAGCAAAAAAGGAGGGUGAAGAAGGUGAUACAAAUGGUGAAGAAGGUGAAACAAAUGGUGAGGAGAAAGGCGAUAAAUAAGAAGAAGAAGCACAUGAUUAAGAAGUACCUGAAGAAGAUUGCCCUGGAGGAGAAGAAGAUGAUACAGUCAAAAAUAAAGUAGAUGUUGAUCCAACAUAAUAAUUGCAAUCUCAAGAGGAUCAUAAGAAUGUCAAAAUCUAAACCAAUAAUGUCGAUUCAGAUGAAACAGUUGAAGUAGUAGAAGAAAGCGAAGAAGAAGAGGUAGAGAUAGUUCCACAAAGGACUACAAAAGUUGGUGGUAAAUCCAGCCUCCCUCCAAAAAAGAAUCAAGAAGAAGAUGAAAAAAGCGAACCUGAACCUCCUUCUGAAGACUAUUAAAAUUGUGCUGGAGAGGAGUUAGAUACAGUUAAAAACAAGAGGGAUUUGAAUGCAAAUCUGGAAUCUAAACCAGACAGAGUAUUUUAGGCAAAAUAAGUCAACAUUAAAGAAACAAUACAAGAAGAAGAAGGAGAAGGUGAAGGAAAUAAUGGUGGCGAUGGUACAACUGAGGGAGAAGGAAAGUCUGAGGAACAUGGUACAAAUGAAGGAGAAGGAAAUCAUGAUGAGCAUGGUACAACUGAGGGAGAAGGAAACCAUGAUGAGCAUGGUACAACUUAGGGAGAAGGAAAACAUGAAGAUCAUGGUACAACUGAAGAGCAUGGCACAACUGAGGGAGAAGGUAAACAUGAAGAUCAUGGUACAACUGAGGAACAUGGUACAACCGAAGGAGAAGGAAAACAUGAAGAUCAUGGCACAACUGAGGAACAUGGUACAAAUGAAGGAGAUGGAUAACAUGAAGACCAUGACGCAACUGAUGGGGAAGGAAAACAUGAAGAUCAUAGCACAAAUGAAGAGCAUGGCACAACCGAAGGAGAAGGAAAACACGAAGAUCAUGGCACAACUGAGGAACAUGGCACAACUGAAGAGCAUGGCACAACUGAAGAGCAUGGCACCACUGAGGGAGAAGGAAAACAUGAAGAGCAUGGUACAACUGAGGGAGAAGGAAACCAUGAUGAGCAUGGUACAACUGAGGGAGAAGGAAACCAUGAUGAGCAUGGUACAACUGAGGGAGAAGGAAACCAUGAUGAGCAUGGUACAACUGAGGGAGAAGGAAACCAUGAUGAGCAUGGUACAACUGAGGGAGAAGGAAACCAUGAUGAGCAUGGUACAACUGAGGGAGAAGGAAACCAUGAUGAGCAUGGUACAACUGAGGGAGAAGGAAACCAUGAUGAGCAUGGUACAACUGAGGGAGAAGGAAACCAUGAUGAGCAUGGUACAACUGAGGGAGAAGGAAACCAUGAUGAGCAUGGUACAACUGAGGGAGAAGGAAACCAUGAUGAGCAUGGUACAACUGAGGGAGAAGGAAACCAUGAUGAGCAUGGUACAACUGAGGGAGAAGGAAACCAUGAUGAGCAUGGUACAACUGAGGGAGAAGGAAACCAUGAUGAGCAUGGUACAACUGAGGGAGAAGGAAACCAUGAUGAGCAUGGUACAACUGAGGGAGAAGGAAACCAUGAUGAGCAUGGUACAACUGAGGGAGAAGGAAACCAUGAUGAGCAUGGUACAACUGAGGGAGAAGGAAACCAUGAUGAGCAUGGUACAACUGAGGGAGAAGGAAACCAUGAUGAGCAUGGUACAACUGAGGGAGAAGGAAACCAUGAUGAGCAUGGUACAACUGAGGGAGAAGGAAACCAUGAUGAGCAUGGUACAACUGAGGGAGAAGGAAACCAUGAUGAGCAUGGUACAACUGAGGGAGAAGGAAACCAUGAUGAGCAUGGUACAACUGAGGGAGAAGGAAACCAUGAUGAGCAUGGUACAACUGAGGGAGAAGGAAAUCAUGAUGAGCAUGGUACAACUGAGGGAGAAGGAAACCAUGAUGAGCAUGGUACAACUGAGGGAGAAGGAAAUCAUGAUGAGCAUGGUACAACUGAGGGAGAAGGAAACCAUGAUGAGCAUGGUACAACUGAGGGAGAAGGAAACCAUGAAGAGCAUGGUACAACUGAGGGAGAAGGAAACCAUGAUGAGCAUGGUACAACUGAGGGAGAAGGAAACCAUGAUGAGCAUGGUACAACUGAGGGAGAAGGAAACCAUGAAGAGCAUGGUACAACCGAGGGAGAGGUAAAGUCUGAAGAACAUGGUACAACUGAGGAACAUGGCACAACUGAGGGAGAAGUAAAGUCUGAAGAACAUGAUACAAAGGAUGGAAAGGACGAUACUGACAAAUAGAAAAAGAAUCCUGAUAAUGAGGUGGAAGUAAAAAUAAAUAUAAAUUUCGAUAGGAGCCUUGUGUAAUUUUAUACUCAGAAUGCCACUAUACUGGAGAUGAAUUAAAAUUAUGUGGUGCCCAUCCUGUGAUUCCAAACGAUAUGAAAAAUUUUAAAGUUAAAUCUAUCAAAGUCCCAGAAGGAGUUUAGGUUACAUUCUUUAAUAAACCAAAUUUCGAUGAUGAAAGAUUACACGCAAAAACAGAAAUGGAAUGCCUUGAGACACCUUUAAGAUUGAAUUUACUAGAAUUGAUGAAUAAUCUAAGAAUGUCAAAGCAAGUUAAUAUAAACUCUAUAUCAGUUACCAAAUGA